UACGAGUUUAUUAGGCAAUCUGCAAGAGAAAAAGGCUGGUCUCGCUAUGGAUGCUCGGUCCAUCGUGGAAGGAAGGUUCGGUAUGCAAAUCCCAGUGACUCAAUUGGUUCGACGUUGAGGUUGGCUGAACACCUGAAAGCGGUCAAGACGUCAGUCCCCGAAGAUCCGCAUAUAUCCUCUUGCUGAAUGCGAUUGCAUCUCUUCUCACUCCAAACGCUUUGUCUUUCUGUCCCUUUCCAAAUCAGAUGAAUAGAAAAUGGCUGCUCACAGCUCCAAAAAGUUCGGCCAUGCGCUAAAGGCAGACUUCCUGAUCGAGCCAAAGUGGAGAAAUCUGAAUCACGGCUCCUUUGGCACGUAUCCACGCCAAAUCCAGCAGGAGCUUCGUCGCUUCCAAGAUGCCUCGGAGGCCCGAGCAGAUGCCUUCAUCCGGUAUGACUCCAUCCGUAGCCUUGACGCAAGUCGCGAGGCUAUAGCAAGGCUUCUCAAUGCUCCCGUGGAGGCGUGCGUCUUCGUCCAGAACGCCACUACGGGCAUCAACACUGUCCUGCGCAAUCUGGUGUUCCACCCGGGGGACAAGAUCGUGUACUUCGACACCAUCUACGGGGCUUGCGAGAGGACGAUAAGCUACAUCACGGAGACUACGCCCGCGCAGUCGGUGAAGGUGAAGUGCAUGUACCCCGUGAGUGACAAGGGCCUGGUGGACGAGUUCAAGCGCGUUGUGAAGGAGCAGCAGAGCCAGGGGUUUAACGUGCGCAUCGCGGUCUUUGACACGGUCGUCAGCAUGCCUGGGGUGCGCGUGCCGUUCGAAGCGCUCACAGAGGCGUGCCGAGAACUCGGCGUUUUGAGCUGCAUCGAUGCUGCCCACGGCGUUGGGCACAUCGAACUCAACCUAGCGAAGCUCGACCCCGAUUUCUUCGUCAGCAACUGCCACAAGUGGCUGUACACUCCGCGAGGGUGCGCUGUGUUCUACGUACCGGUGCGCAAUCAGCACCUCAUCCGCUCCACGGUUCCGACGUCACACGGCUUCCAGCCCAGACCUAAGCCUGGUGAGUUGCCACCGAACAACCCGUUGCCACCCAACACCAAGUCGCCCUUUGUGGCCAAUUUUGAAUUCAUGGGCACGAUCGAUAUAGCGCCGUAUCUGUGUGUGCCCGCAGCGAUAAGAUAUCGCGAGAGCCUGGGUGGCGAAAAGGCAAUCCUACAAUACUGUCACGAUCUCUCGAGGCAAGGCGGCGACCUGGUGGCGAAGAUCCUGGGCACCAAGGUUCUGGAGAACGAAGACGGCACUCUCGGGAAUUGCUGCUUGAGGAACGUGAAGCUUCCCCUGGACGUUGCCGAGGUGCAGAAGAUAGCCGGAACGGACAGUGUAGGCUCACCGGUCAUCGUGUGGAUGACGGCCACGAUGACCAAGGAGUACGACACGUUCAUGGCGCUGAUGUUCUACGACGACGCAUGGUGGGUGCGGUUCUCAAGCCAGGUCUAUCUCGAACUUAGCGAUUACGAGUGGGCUGCAAAGGUGCUCAUCGAGCUGUGUGCUCGCGUGAAGAAGGGGGAGUUCUUAGAGCCAAGCAAGGAAGUUGCAAAGCUAUGACAGCAAGCAGGCGUACAUCAUUUUUGGGGUCGCACUUAGACGUUUGAGAGAUAAUAUAGGUGUAUUGUUUGAGGCCGCCUCGUCUUCACAUUGUGGUCACACAGAACGCCUCUACGUUGACUUGCGUCCACAAAAGUUGGGCGUAAGCUGCGUCAGCUGCGUGCAGGUAAGCCAAAAUACCAAAAAAGAACAGACCGUCUAGGUCACCAAACUACCACCAGAACAGCACGAGGCAUAAUCUUCACCGUGCCACGUCAUUUCGUUGUAAUCGAUAACGUGGAGACAGCGUAUGGAAGCGGGACUUGGGCGCUAACUUAGUAUGAAUCUAAUCUUGCCAACUCGAUAUGAACUGCAUCUAUGCGACAUAAUCAGAGCUUCGUAAGCUUUGUACGGCAUGCAAUACAAUAAAAGGCCCAUAGCCAAUUCAGUCUGCUUGCGGCUAGAGGGCAGUUCGCCAUUCUCGGCAUGUUUACUUUCGCCACCGCGCUGAUUGUCUUCAGCCAUUGUCUGCUCUGAAAAUCAAACAUGUUUUCAGCACGUCAAAAUACCAGAUUCUUGCUUGAUAU